AUGAUGCGCGGUCAUAGCAAACGUGUGCCUUACAAUCAAAUUCAAGGAAUUGCUUCAACAAAUGUUCCGGCGUAUUCAAAUGGAGAUGAUGAAUUCUUUUCCGGCGAACGACACUACCUUUAUGGUAUAUUUACUGGAUAUAAAUGGCAAUGUGUGGAAUUUGCUCGUAGAUGGCUUUUGAUACGUAAAGGUUGCACAUUCAAAGAUAUUAGAUCUGCGGGUGACAUAUGGACUGGACUGACUCAUGUUGAACGCGUCACUGACGGACAACGUUUUCGAUUAAAAGCACAUCCAAAUGGUUCUCCUCAACCACCACAAAAAGAUUCAUUCCUCAUAUAUCCUCGUACUACAGAACAACCUUUUGGACAUAUCGCCAUUAUAUGUGAAAUUGUACCAGGAUUUAUUCGUGUUGCUGAACAAAAUUAUAGGUUCCAUCAAUGGUCAGGAAACUAUUCUCGUCAAAUUCCAUUAGUAUUUAAGAACGGUGGUUACUAUAUCGAAGACGAGGAUGAAAAUUUUGGAUGGAUGGAUAUUGAACAUGGCAACCAUUUACUACCGCUAGAUGAAUUGGAAGCAGAUGCCACACAAUGGGCUAUUUUCAAGCAAGAUCGUUGA